AUGUCUUACCGUUCAAGUGGAAUCUGUUACAAGUGUGGUGAACCCGGUCAUCAAGCCAGAGAUUGCUCUCAAUCCGAGUCUGUCUGUUACAACUGUCAACAAAGUGGCCAUAUGUCCAAGGACUGUACCGAAGCUCGUGCUGAAAAGAAGUGCUACAAGUGUAGCCAAACUGGCCACAUCUCUCGCGACUGUCCUGAAGCUUCCAACAACGGACCUGAUUGUUACGCUUGUGGUAAGUCUGGUCAUAUCUCUCGCAACUGCCCUGAGGGUGGUAACAGUGGCGGUUAUGACAGCGGUCGUGGUGGUUAUGGUGCUCCCAAGUCUUGUUACAGCUGUGGCCAAAGUGGCCAUAUGAGCCGUGAUUGUCCUACUGGUGGUAACGGUGGUUAUGGUGGUCAAAAGUGCUACAACUGUGGUAACUCUGGCCACAUCUCUAGAGAUUGUGAUCAACCUGCUCAAGCCAAGACUUGUUACAAGUGUCAACAAUCUGGCCACAUUGCUAGAGACUGUCCCUCUGAAGAGUAA